GUAACUAUAAAUCUCGUUGAUUCAUAACUAACUAGUUAUUUAUUAGUUAGUUAGUUACCCGUGAAUCGCCUAUCCACAAGAUUUAUAAGUUAAAGGUUAGUUAAGUUAGUUAACUACGUUAUGUAGCCGGGCGCUGGGCCAAUCAGAUAUUUAUUUAAUCAUCGUCUAGGAUAUUCAUAUAACAAAAACAUCAACCGCAGCCGACUCCCGAACGCUAUACCGAGGCAGGCAGCUAUGGAGGGGGAUAUGGCUCGGGGUGUACAGAGUACAUUCUAUAUAGCUAAGUUAGUUGAUGUGUUCCCCUGAAAUCUCAAUUCCUUCGGCUUCCGCGAAAUUCUCUAUGUUAUCUACAACUUGCUACUGACCUGAUAGUAUAGUAUGGUCAAGCUGCAUUGGAUAUGAAAGGGGUAAGUUAGAUGAGGACAUUACCUAGGUAUUUCUGAAGUAAUAACAUGGUUUUCCACACAUACAUACUGAUGGCAGGAAUUGUUCUCCGGAUAAUCCAUUUGAUAGUGAAAUCUGAUCAGUGCAAAGACUGCGAAAGGUCGAGGUCUCGUGGUAUAUCCUACCACAAUACCAUCAUUCUGCUUCAUCUCGACUCUCAUGGGCAUAUGAGUGAUGCGGAAUGCGGACUCUUUGAUGCAUGGAUAGGCUGAUCGUAGGUUGCCAUAGAAGUCUUUCCUACAACCUGCAAAACAGAAGCGGUGGUAACUAGUUAUUUAGUUAACUAAAUAGUUGUCUGAAAACCACUUGGAGCCAGCCGCAGACUUGUAAUAUUUAUCACCAGAUGUGCAACAUGGAACAGGCAUAGACUACGCAGCGUAUGCAUACACACCCCCCCACAAGUGUACCCUCCUCCUCCUGCCUACGCGGCGCGCGGGAGUCCAGCAAGGUUGUCCCCAAGGAAUUCGGAGUCUUCAUCAGGUUCGACAGCUCGGUACAUGUACUGUUUACUGAUAUAUCCUGGUCAAUAAUCAUCAAACGCCUGUUCGCCUCUCGAGCGUGAAGACACAAAGAGUGUUCAUAGCACCAACGCACCGUGGGAAGCUCAACUAAAUAGGCGUUGAGAGUAGCUGAUUUGCAAAAAAGGAAAAUGGUGCUGUGGGUUGGACGGUAGUAUGAGACUUCUCUCCCGCUUCACCAUUGUCAGCUCUAACUACAUCAUGCCGGAAUCCACAGAAAGGUAGGCAAAUGGAGUUAGAGUAUUAUGUUACUGGCUGUAGUCCUAACUAUAGCCUAAGCGCCGAUCAAGUGCAACCAACUGCGGAAACUGGCUUUUGCUUCAAGCCAAAUUUACGAGUCUACAUUGUCAAAGCCCAUACAAAUGGAGGGAUGUUUGCUCAAUGAUGAGAAAUCGCAACAAGAGCCCAAAUGCUGCAGAUACUUACUUCAUUUCGCGCCUUGGUUGGCUGAACAACCCUGAUGACUGAUAAAUGGGCUGCAUGCGAUCUUCUACCCUCAAAUUUGGAAAACUAGUAGCAAAUCUGCAAAUCCUAGCCUUACCAGAAAGCCCUGCCCUGUCAGAAAGCUAAAUCGAACAAUAGCUUUAUGUGUCUGCGAUUCACAGGGCCAUAUUCUGGCCGACCUGUCUGAAUAUGGGGCUCUGAUCCGUAAGUGGCACUGGUGGCGGCCUGCAGGAGCUCUAGAUGAUGCCCGCGUUUGCUUGACGUGUGUGAUACCACCUAUAUGAAUCAGGCCCCUCCCCACGAGAGAAGCCCCGGGGAAACCAUUUCUUCAAAACCUCUUUUUGAUUUUUUACUAAGAUUUAAGUUAUCUGGAAGGGACAUUGAGAUUUGUACUUAUUUGCUCAGGGCUACCUCAAAAAUGGGAUCCGUGAAGGUUGAAACACGCACUCUCUCGAGUGACGUUGAUCUUCUCAAGGACAACAAUCCGAACCAGUUAUUCUGCAUCCAUCCAGUGUCCCCUGACAUCUCCCAAGGAUGGCGCAGGAUUACAAUGAAAGACUUGUCUUUUGCAACGGAUCUCCUAGCACAUUGGAUUGAAGCAAAUGUGGCUGCUCGCUCAAAUCACGAAACGCUGGCUUAUAUGGGAGCGAACGACAUACGCUACGCGGCUUUUAUCCUUGCUUGCAGCAAGGUCGGGCAUGUUCCGUUACUCAUCUCACCCCGAAAUUCGGUGGAGGCGUCACGCCAUCUUCUCGAAGAGACAGGAUGUUCGAAGUUCGUCUACAGUGUAGAGCGCGAGAGGCAAGUAAAUGAACUGCGGAGCGCAGAUCCCAGCAUCCAGGUGUGGACCGUUCCAGACCUUUGGGACGUUUUCACAAACAGUGAAGUCGUGCCGUAUGAAGCAGUGGGGAAGCAGCACAGAGGUCCGGAGGAUGAGGUUGCCGCUAUUAUUCAUAGUUCUGGGACUACAGGUAUGCCAAAGCCAGUUCCACUUACGCAUGGAUACAUCGCUGCACAGAAGAGGAUCCAAGCUCUGCCAGUGCCCCCCGGGCGAGUUGCCAGCGUUUACAGUGCUUGCGAACAAGGAAAACUGGCUUUCGUAAUGAGCCCAUUUUUUCACUUCAUGGGCUUGCUUACAUUGAUUACUUCAAUUACUGGCGGGACGCCGUUUGCACUAAGCCCGGAAAAGCCGCUGACGGCCGAGUUGCUGGACGCAGUGGUGACUGAGACAGGAGCCACUUCAACGAGUCUUCCACCGUCAGCCAUAGAAGAUCUUUAUGCCUCCCAGCUAGGUCGAGAAACUUUAGCGAAGUUUCAUUACAUCGCCUACGGAGGAGCACCUCUGUCACCCGACACUGGGGAUAAGCUGUGUAAAUUAACACACGUGCAGACAGUGCUCGGGUCGAGCGAAUGUGGCUUGAUUGCAGCUCUGAAGGCGGAAGAUCGCGAAGAUUGGGGAUAUUUUGAAUGGAAUCCUUUUUACGCAGUUGACAUGCGGGCCCAGGGGGAUGGCACUUUCGAGCUAGUUAUCCCUCGACAAGAAAAUCGGUACGUCCACGGCGUCUUUCACACGUAUCCAGAUCUCCAGGAAUAUCGCACCGGCGACCUUUUUAUCCCCCAUACACAGAAACCAGGGCUUUGGAGAUAUAUUGGUCGUGGAGACGAUGUUAUUGUUCUCAGUAACGGGGAGAAAUUCAACCCGACAUCAAUGGAACUAGUUAUCCAGGGACAUCCGCUGGUUUCAAAAGCCAUGGUGAUGGGCCAAGGGCGGUUCCAGGCAGCUCUCCUCUGUGAGCUAGAUUGGGACAAUUGGACAGGAGAUGAAAUCGCGUUCAUCGAGGAAAUCUGGCCAACUGUGCAGAGGGCGAACGAGGGUGCGCCAGGACAUGGUCGCCUGAUGAAGUCAAAAAUCGGCAUCUCGUCGCCUUCAAAGCCUUUUAAAACCACACCGAAAGGGAGUGUUCAACGGCGGAUGGUCAUUGCAGACUACAGCAAUGAAAUUGAAACGCUGUAUUCCAAGUCCGACAACGAAGCUAUUAUUACUAUCUCCAAAGAUGCAACUGCAAAGGAGGUAGCUGUGCAAGUGAGAGCUGUGGUUUCAAGCCUGCUUCCAUCGCAGGAGAUUGGUGACAAUAGCGACAUAUUUUCUUUGGGCAUUGAUUCCCUCCAAUCACUGCAGCUUGGGCAGGCUUUAGAUAGUGCAGUCCGAGCCAUUUGCCCACAGUUGCGCAAGGACGCUUUCUCCAGCAGGCAAAUAUAUUCUCACCCUUCUGUGUUUGCCCUUUCACAAUACAUGUACGACCUCAUUCACGGGACGGCCAUGGUAGAUGAAGCCGGGACCGGAGUGGAGGAUGACAACGCACGAUCCGCUAGGCUUAGGGCACUGGUAGAGAAAUACACGACCGAUUUAGUCGAAAAGCAUUCGGUCAUUCUUACGGGCUCGACUGGAUCUCUCGGUUGCUACUUACUCCACGAACUUCUUCUCGAUCCUGCGGUUGCCAAGGUAUACUGUUUGAACCGUUCGGAGGACGCAGCAGGUAGGCAGAUCAAGAGUUUCCAAGAGAAAGGCCUGUCAACUUUUAAAGCUUUCGCCUCUAGAGUUGAAUUUCUCCACGCAAAGUUUGGAGACGAACGACUUGGGCUUGCCACUGAUGCCUAUGACCGGGUGCUUGAAUCCGUCGAUACUAUAAUUCACAAUGCUUGGAAGGUAAAUUUCAACCACCAAGUGGAAGCAUUCGAACAACCGCAUAUCGAAGGAGUUCGCCGGCUUGUCGACUUUAGCAUUGCUAGCACUCAUCGUGCCCAUAUUCACUUCAUAUCCUCAAUUUCGACUAUUGAAGGGUGGGACACCACAAAACGCGGCAUGCUUGUUCCGGAAGAGAUAUAUGAAGACGCCGACGUCGUGAUGCGCACCGGAUAUGGGGAAUCUAAACAUGUAGGAGAGCGGAUUUGCGCUUUCGCGUCUUCCUAUUGCGGCGUCCCAACCACCAUUCAUCGGGUUGGUCAAAUCGGAGGUCCAACAACAGAAAAAGGAGUGUGGAACAAGCAAGAAUGGUUUCCAUCUUUGGUUGCAACGUCGAAAACUAUAAAACAGCUUCCGUUAUCCCUUGGAACCAUAGCAGUGGACUGGAUUCCAGUGGACACAAUCUCGCGGGUAAUCCUCGAUAUUCUCCGAUCAAGGAGAAAAACUGAAGAGGAAGUCCGUUGCGCGGCCUUCCAUCUCGUCAACCCAAGUCCCGCCCCCUGGGAUUCGCUAAUACCCGCUAUCAAGAAACACUUCCCCGUCGAAAUCGUUGACCCGCAGAAGUGGAUCGCUAGCUUAGAAGCUAUCGCGAACCCAACCCAGGCCGAUCUGCAGGAUAAGCCUGCAUUGAAGAUUCUUGACUUCUUUCGUGGUGCUUUUAUUGGGCAAGUUGAAGGCUCAGGAAAGCCUCCGGUGUUGGACACUCAAAGAACACAGGAGGCAAGCGUCACCAUGCAACGGCUUAAGCCAAUUGACCAAGACAUCUUGAAUACUUGGAUGUUGCAAUGGCAGUUCUAAAUGAGUUGCAAAAACUGGAAAGGUUGAUUCCACGAAUGUCUAGAAGCCAUCAUUUGUACCGUCAAGUCUGUAACUUUCGUAAAUUUUGAUGGAGUGAAUGCCGGAACGAUAACCUCCUUUUUAACUAGCACUUGGAGAUAUUAUAUCAAAUAAGGUACGGUAUAUAUAGGAUGAAUUGAGAAUACUUUCUUUGACUUUGGGUGAGCUUCAAGCGGGUUUACCAGCCCUAGUUUUGCCUCAUAACCUACUUACCUCCAUCGAAAGAGAACCUCAUAGUCUGUAAAGCUCAUGAUCCUUUUCGAAUUGACUGGAAUGAUCAGCGUCAGUCCAGUGCCUC